CGAGGCGAUUCAGAGUGCAAAAUGCUGCUGUGGUUGCUGGUUGCUUCGCUCUUGGCGGCCGCCUGGCUCUUCCAUCGGGGGCAGGAGCGUCGCCGGAGGGCGGUUUCCAAUUUGUCGGGGCCCUUCUGUCCGCCUGUGUUUGGUGCCAUCCAUCUCAUGAUGGGCAUGACUCCAAAAACAUUCCUUAAAAAAAGCAAAGAGUAUUAUUUUCGAUGGGGAGAUCUUCAGCGAGUCUGGGUCUUCAAUCGCCUCUUGAUCAUGAGCGCCAAUGCGGAGUUCAACGAGCAGCUCUUAAGCAGCCAGGAGCACUUGGUGAAGCAUCCUGUCUACCGUGUCCUGGGCCAGUGGUUGGGCAACGGCCUGCUCCUCAGCGACGGAAAGGUGUGGCAUCAGCGUCGCAAGAUCAUCACGCCCACUUUCCAUUUUUCCAUCCUGGAGCAGUUUGUGGAAGUCUUCGACCAGCAGUCCAAUGUUUGCGUCCAAAGGUUGGCUCAAAAGGCCAACGGCGAGGUCUUCGAUGUGUACAAAAAUGUCUGCCUGGCCGCCUUGGAUAUUAUUGCGGAAACGGCCAUGGGUACGAAGAUAUGUGCCCAGUCCAAGGAGAGCACUCCCUAUGCAGAAGCUGUUAAUGAAUGCACCGCCAUGAUGAGCUGGCGUUUCAUGUCGGUCUACCUCCAGAGCGAGAUCCUAUUCACACUGACCCACCCGCACCUGAAGUGGCGCCAGAUGCAGCUCAUCAGGACGAUGCACGACUUCACUAUCAAGGUGAUCGAGCAGCGCCGCCAGGCCCUGGAGGAGCAGCAGAAGAGGUCCAAUUUGACGGAAACUUCCAAUGAUGUGGGCUCUAAACAGCGGAUGGCUCUGCUGGAUGUCCUUCUGAUGGCCACCGUCGAUGGCAAGCCCCUGACAAACGACGAGAUCCGCGAGGAGGUGGAUACCUUCAUGUUCGAGGGACAUGACACCACCACCAGUGCCUUAUCCUUCUGCCUGUACGAGGUGUCAAGGCACUCUGAGGUUCAGGAGAAAUUGCUGGAGGAGAUCUUGCGGGUCAUAGGUACAGAUAGUAGUCGCCCAGUAACCAUACGGGAUCUGGGAGAACUGAAGUACAUGGAGAGUGUCAUCAAGGAAUCCUUAAGGAUGUAUCCGCCCGUGCCUAUCGUGGGUCGUAAGCUGGUCAAUGAUUUCAAGUACACCAAUUCAAAGCAUGGUGAUGGUAUUAUCCCGGCUGGCUCUGAGAUCAUUCUCGGAAUCUACGGUAUCCACCGUCAACUGGACGCCUUCGCUGAUCCGGAAAAAUUCGAUCCGGAGAGAUUUGAGACUGGAGACCGUGUGCCCCCAUUUCAUAUGAUUCCAUUCAGCGCUGGACCAAGAAACUGUAUUGGCCAGAAGUUUGCCCAGCUGGAGAUGAAAAUGAUGCUGGCCAAGAUCGUGCGGGAGUAUGAGCUCCUGCCACUAGGUGAUCCUCUGGAAUGUGUUGUAAAUAUUGUCCUCCGCUCGGACACAGGCUUCCAGCUGGGAAUGCGAAAGCGAAACAAUUCAUAGAGGCUUUCUAUUAAAUAAAAAAAUAAAAACCAUAA